AUGUACAAUUUUAUCUGGGAAUUGCAAUUGUUUGAGUGGAAUAUUGUAAUUGUAACAAUAUUGAUUGUGCGGAGGUUCGCCCCAGCAAUCCAUAUACAAUUUAUAUUGUCGGAGGCCUGCAAACAAACUCCACGAUCCACGUCUGCGACUCCAGGCGGUGCUAGAUUUACAGUACGUCCCGAGCGCAACGAUACCGACGCUCAAAAGGAAGAAGAGAAUCCAAACCGCUCAUCGUUCAGCAACCGUCUAGGGGGUUCUGACCUACGCUUUCUACGUGACAACUAUGAAGCGAUGGGCGACGUCUACGCUAAUAGAGGGAGCAAGAAAGCCGUACCAACGAAUAACUCCGCAAUAACACCGACGUACACGGCUUCAAAACGUAUCAGCGCAAAGAAGAGUAUGCAGUCGCUCGUGGACGAUCUGGCAGCAGUAACGGAUGUUCAAGCCAAAGGCGACGGAGGAAUGGCAAGGCUGCUCGUAUUUUUCCGCCAAGAUGCGGACCGCAGAGCUGAGGCAGACGCCAAGAGACGCCAUGAGGAUCGCGAAGAGCGUGACGCCGCUGAGCGGCGUGAAAGAGAGGUCCGGGACCGCGAGAGACGAGAGGAGGCCAAAGCAGCAGAAGAACGACACCAACAAGAACGAAAGGAAGAUCGAGAGCGACGAGAAGAAGACGCGAAGCGUGAGGCAGCGUUGCGAGCAGAACGCGAGCGGGAACGCGCAGAGGAGCGUCGCCAACAAGACCAGCAGAUGCAACUCGAACGCGAGGAACUACGACAAAGACACGAGCAAAUGAUGCUUAUGCUGCAAGCUCUCGCGAAGAGCAACAACGCCAAGUAGAGAAAACGUUCGUUGUAGAAGUGAGUAGUACAUUUAUUUCAUUAGUGUACAGCUAAGUCAUCUCCUCCGUACAGAUGUGUUGUUCGAAUCUGGCUAAUACCAACGGUCCUAACGCGAUAGUUGCUAAGCCGAA